CCUGGGUGGCUGUAAGCAGAGACGCUAAAUUUAUCUGGCAGCAACCUACGGAGCAUUUUCUUAGGGGCCGUAUCCCCCCAAUCCCUUGUCGUCCUCCCCACGCACGCCACGCCCGAGUCCCUGGUCGAACAUCUGAAGAUCUCUGCUUGUUCCCCUCCACCAAAUGUUGCAAAUCAAAUCACCCAACCGCCGCAGCGCAUGGUAACUCCUGAAGACUGUUCCUCGACCUCGGGUUUCAGCACCGUGAAUACAACGAAAACGAGUUGUUGUCUUCCAGACGUCCUUUCCCUUCCUCGGGUCCAACGACCAUUUUACACAACAUCUCCUAACACUCUGAAUGAUUCGACACAAUGCAGGAACGCUCCGGUGAGAAAGUAUCCAGCCCGCCAAAGACUGGUAGAGUUGAGGACGGUAAAAUCCGCAAGAUACGUACCGCCAACCGCACCGAAAUCACACCGAUUCAACACUUCAAUGGAAAAACAUAUGCUUGUGAAUCGUGUAAGAGGGGGCAUCGCGUGAACAAAUGUGAUCAUGGAAGGACAAGGCCUAUCUCGGAAACGAAUCAACCAGGCCGACCGUCUGCUGGUCAGAGGAGAGGAUGCCACUGCCCAAGGAAUUGCGCUUGCACGACCAAAACAUGCAAAUGUCAAAGAGAUUGUGCCUGCACUCAAGAAAUGUACCUGGUCGUCAGAGUCGACGGACCUCAAAUCAUCAAUCGAGAAGCAACGUCUAGUCCCAAGCCCGUGUGGGAGGAUGCUAAUGGCAAUAAAAUGACCUUGAAAAAGGUGUGGGCAGACGCAAAUGGAAAGGAGCUCAACGAUGAAGAGUAUCACGAUCGAAAAAGACGGAUGAGAGAGAGACAAGGAGGCGUCUCGACAACACCCGAGGCUACCACAUCAAGUUGUUGCGGCUCGAAAAAGGUCAAAGAAGAACCUCAGUCCCCUCAGCCGCUCUCUACCGGCGGUUGUCGACACCGACAGAAUAUCGAGAAGCAACCGGAUUCAGCGAGCCUUACUGCGACUCCGGCAGUCCCCAGCGCAUCUAUGAGUCAAUCGUGGAAAGCAGCUUGUUCUUGUGGUUCGGGUUGCUCUUGUCUAUAUUGUCCUGAUCACCCCAAUAAUGCCACUUCCAUCAACCAUACGCAGCAACAAGUGAAGAACUUGGCGGAGCAAGCAUAUUCGGAAUUCGACGGUUUGAUGCCAGUUUCGUUUAUGCAAGAAAAUGACUCGACAUCUUGUAUGGGUGGCCGGCCGACGUUCUUCCUCUCGCGAACUCCCAAUGUUUCUCAACAACAAUUAGAACAGUACUUCCCUGAAAGUUCCGAUCCAAACGCCAUAUACCUCAGAUAUCCUAUCUCACAACACUCUUGGACCAAUCAACCGGCCAGCUCCCACUGUUCCCACAUUCCGUCCCCGACUACGGUCAUGGCUAUGACACCCGACCCGAGCGAAUCUUACGUUGAGCCAUUGCCUGACUUGUCGCAACAGUCGCUGGACUAUGACUUUCUGCCCAACGAUACUAACGGUACUUGGGACUUUUCAGGUGGUCAAUUCGGUGGCUCCUCUUUCAGUUGGAUGGACUUUGACGCUUCUCGAGGCACCGAUUAUAAUAUCGGUCAAGCCACUGUUGCUUCCGCUAUGGAUGGUGGUAUCUUUUCGAUUUCGCAGGCCCUACCAGGUCAGCAAAUUCCUGAAAUCAGCGUCAACGUGGAUGCAAUGAUGAGUCCAGCACAUUUGAACGGUCUUCCUGUGACUCUAGAAAACAGCCAGUACCCAGUCUCGUCAACACCUUUCGAUCCGCAAAACUCCUUUGUGGACUUUACUUCGGCAGACGGACAAACGAACCAGGCAAACUUUGCAAAGUCGAACGGCGCCGUCCCACAAGGACAGUCGGAACAAGCUCUUUUUGAUACCGGGUCGAUGAACAUGACACAUCAAACUGCCCAAUCUCUCAGAGCACCACAGUCUCAGCUCAAUACUGGACUUGUCGGUUCUCACUAUUCAACACCGAUAUCUUGGGAUCAGUUUGACUCACUCAACGAGGACCCAACCAAUGGCAACCUUGCAACGACAUCCAUGGCUAGUUCACCUCAACUUGUUAGUCGAGUGUAGCAUACUCUUGAGCUAUUGAGAGAUGAAGAGACCUGGAAUAGGAGUGUAAAUGCAUCGUGUACAUGAGGAAAAAGACGAGACAUGAACUUUUAUUGGUAUUAACGAUCACAGACCCACGCAUUAUGGGUAUGAAUAUAUGCAUAGAGAGAGAGAGAGAGAGAGAGAGAGAGAGAGAGAG